UCGUGAACCAACUCACCUUCCUACCUCGUCCGUGCCCCCCUCGGCUGCCUUGUCACCCAUCGAGUCAUGCCGUCCCCCUCGGCUCCCUCUCAUCCAGACAUCCCACCAUUCCCAGAGCCCUCAACUUUCUCCAUCCUCCCAGACAUUUACCUGCUGAUCGCGCGGCUCACCAUCUACCAACAAGCACAACAGCAAAAGUCCCAAUCAGACUCCGAGACCCAGACAAGCCAAACGCAACCACCACCGGCACAAAAUCUCGGCCCACCGCUGGACAUCAAAGAGUUGCCCGCGCAAGUGUACAAGAUCAAGCAGCGCAUCGCGAAGGCGCGGGCCGCCGUCUCAGCACUGCCCGAUGUGGACCGCAGCGAAAAUGAGCAGGAAACGGAGGUACAAGAAUUACAACGGACCAUCAAAUUACUGAAACAGAGACUGGGGAAAUUAGGCGCGAUUGCGGCGGGUGGGAACAGCGAAGAACAGGCAGACACAGAGGCAAAGGAAGACGUUGACAUGGAGGGUGCGGAAGAGUGAAGUUAUGGAACAAUACAGAAUGAACAGCGUACGGCGUACAGCCAUUACACAUACGGCGCAGUCGUUCAACUUGGAAGACGCCCGGUUCGUAAUACAGCAAGCUCACGCAACGAACAUGACGUGGAGACGAGAAAGUUGUAGUGUUUAUUGAUUGCACUA